AGCCCAACCCAAUCUGCGCCUGAUUGCCCGCGUGGUAUGAAAAGCCAGCGGCGGGAGAAAAAACGGAUGGUCUUAGGAGUUGGGGUCUAUUUUAUUUGAUUGAUGAGUUUUUUUUUUUUUUUUUGAGCAUUCGGAAAAGGCGAUAUGAAUUUUCCUGCAAAAGUUGCACAAAGGUUGCCGCCCACCCUCUUUCAGAGGUGCUCUUUAGAAAUCUGUAUGCCCAAGUUGGGAUUUUUCUCUUUUUUUCACCAAAAUAGGAAAUUGGGAGGCGCUUUCGUAAAGAAAAUGGCUUGUGAAGGAAAGAGAAACGAUGUAGCUUUAGAAGUUAAGACUGGGGUGGUCCUUACAGCAGAGGAGGUUCACACUGAAGAUGCAAUUGAAGCAAUCAGAUCUGGAAAAGUCAUUGCAGUGCCUACAGAUACACUUUAUGGGUUUGCCUGUGAUGCGUGUUCUACAGAAGCAGUAAAUAGAAUUUAUGAGAUCAAAGGGCGUAAAUACACAAGCCCUCUAGCAAUAUGUGUUGGAGAUGUAUCAGACAUAAAGCGCUUUGCUGUCACAGACCAUUUGCCUCAUGAGUUGCUUGAUAAUCUUCUUCCAGGACCUGUCACUGUUGUGUUAAUGCGAGGGGAGUCUAGUAUCCUUGAGAAGUCCUUGAACCCAGGAUUGGAUAGUAUAGGAGUCAGAGUUCCUGAUUCCAACUUUAUUCGGGCCAUUGCCUGUGGUUCUGGAAGUGCUCUAGCUCUUACAAGUGCAAAUUUAAGUGGGCAGUCUAGUAGUAUCUGCAUCAAAGAUUUUGAGAACCUUUGGGAGCAUUGUGCAUAUGUGUAUGAUGGGGGCAUGCUUCCUUCAGGACGUGCUGGAUCAACAGUUGUGGACCUCACAAAGCAAGGGAAGUACAAGAUCCUCAGACCUGGAAGUGCCUUGGAAGAGACUGUAGCAAUCCUCAAGAGAUUUUCCCUGGAAGAAGGAACGUCUACUUGAAGUAGGUUGGCAAUACAUUCAUCUUAUAUACAGGAUAAAGGUUUUUCAGACAGAUUCCUGACAUGGUAACUGAAGAGUUGGUACAUAUUCCAUCUGGGACUGGGGAAAUUAUAGCUAUGUCUAAGGAAUUAUUUUUUAUUUAGCUAGAAGAAGCAGAAUGAAUCUAGAGGAACUUGACUAGUAGAUUAUUUUUUCUCCUUUACAUUUUUGUUCUUUCUUCCAGGUGGCUAAACUUAGUUUAUAUACAUUGAUUUGCAUUUUGCAUCCACCUAAUGAUAAACUAAAAAGCCGGAUGGCAUAGAAUGCA